UGUAUUAAAGGUUAAAGAAGGAAAUGAAGCGAUAAAAAUGUUUUUAUCUAGUUGAAUUUAAAACAUUUGACAGUGAAUCACUAUAUAACGUAAACCAAACUUAUAGAGCGACUUAUGAGCAUACUUAUGCUAAAUUCGUGUUUUAUGUUGUUUGAACUACAAUGGUACAGAAAAUGUAUCUAGAUUAUUCAUACAUGAAAAAGUAUUCAUGCAAGUGAUAUCUUAAAGUGGUUGGAUUUUGUACAUAAAUAUCGUAGUCAUCUUGAUAGAUUAAUUAUUUAAAAAUAUAAAAAAUGUGCAGGAAUUCAGCUGGAAUAUUCAGGAAAUAGAGACCGAUUGCUAUUAUUUGACAAUGAAAUACAAGCAUCAGUUAAAUGUGACUCUACUUGUAACUCUAACUGGACUAACAUUUAUUUUGUCGUUUCAUAUAUUGUCAGUGAAAGAGUGUCAAUGUCAAAACAGCAAUUUUAGAGAAACUAGUUACAAUGAAUUAAAGGAAAAAAUACAAUUAAACUGUAAAGAAAAGGGCUGUUUCGAUACUAAAAAACCUGCCGACGUUAUAGGGACUUUUGAACCAGAUACAGGACUGGAAAGAACUUACACGAUCGAUGAGCUGCGUGAAUUGGUGAAAUAUAAGUCUCAGUUGAAGGAAACGUUUCUUAGUCAAAAUUAUUAUCAUCCCAAAACUAAGGAUGUUCUUAAACGUUACUUUUUCGGAGAUACAUUCACCUUCAAUGUUAGCUUCGACAUGGUCAAUGGUAGUCGUGUUUACGACAUACAAAAUGAUGUUAUAGUAUUUCUUCACCUGCAAAAGACAGGUGGGACUCACAUCAAUGCUAGAUUCGGUGAGGAGCUUGACUUGCCGUUUACUUGUCGUUCAAAAAAUGGUUCAAGUAAAUGUCUGAAUCCGCAAGGUCACAUUUGGUUCGUUACCCGUGCGUUUACUGAACGAGCGUGUGGGACGCAUGCUGACUGGACACAAAUGCACAGGUGUAUUGACCACAUGAUGGACACACGAGAAGGGAAAAGCAGACCUCGCAGGUAUUUCUACAUCACCCAACUGAGAGAUCCUUUGGAUCGCUACCUAAGUGAGUUCCAUCAUCAAUCAACCACAAGUCACUGGGAGGGUGCUACGCUUGGAUGCAAAGACUAUGAUAAACCUUACUGGGAUGAUAUCCGACCUUGCUUUCUAACGAAGAACUGGCAGGGCGUGUCUUUCAGCGAGUUCAUGGAUUGUCCGUUCAAUCUUGCAACCAACAGAAUGACCCGGAUGUUAGCCGACCUCGUACAAACGCAGUGCUACAGCAACUAUCACAGCGAACACUGGAAACACGUGCGUGCAGAGGAGUGGGUGGAGUCGGCUCAGCAAAACAUAUUCAAUAUGAAGCAUUUCAGUCUGAUGGAGCGUCCAGAUGAGUCAGAUUUGCUUUUUCAAAAAGCAUUUGGUAUUAAGUUCAAAACCAAAGAUAAACAGAAGCUAUCUCGCACAGCAAAACUACAAAUCACUGAAAAGCAAUUCCUUAAAAUGAUCCAACUUGCAGAAUUAGAUUUUCACAUCUAUCUCUUUGCACAAGACUUAUUUAACUAUAGGCUGACCAGAAAGUAGAAUCCAUUGUGUAUGCUUAUACUUGGUUUUUACGCCUAAACAUGUAUUCAACAUACAACUAUAUACACAUGUUAGCAGAAAAAUAAGAUUUAGAAUACGCUGUUAUGUUUCAAUUCCUUAACUAUAUACAUAUGCUAGCACAACUUAAGUUUUACGAUAUGUUGACAUGUUUUAAUUCCUUAAAACUAUACGCGGUGGGUGUGGGUGUGCAUGUUUCGUGCGUGUGUUUGUGCGUGCGUGUGUGAUAUAACGACCACAUCAUUCUGGGUUGGUUGUUCAGUGUUCGAUAAACAUCAAACGUUAUGUCGGGCCAUGAUUGGCUUCAUGUGUUUUUACACUAUAAUUAAACGGUAUUAGCAGCUCUGGUUGGCUGUAGGUAGCUAGGCAAACAAUAAAUGAUUAAAGAAACAGGCAAUUCGUGUUGGUAUAUUAGUAUUGUUGAUUAAUAUUUUGUAAAUAAAAAUAGUCAUAUCAUUUUACCGAAACUGGAUGUAUAAAACAAUUAUACAUGGUUUAGUGAAAAUAGAAAAGUCAACAUUGUUUAACACACUUUUAGCAAUCUAUUUAUGAUUUUUAUUACAGAUUAAAGCCCAUUAUAAUUUAAGAAGUUCAGUAUAAGAUUAACAAAACUUUCUUAUUAAGGUGCCUACGCUAUAAAUGUUACCAUUAACAUA